CGCGGAGCCGGAGAGUCGGGCUGCGCACUCCUCUGGUCGCCUGCACGGCUCCCACGGGCAGCAUCCAGACCCGAGGAGCCGGGGCGCCUGCGCCCAGAGUUACACCCCACUCGAUUCUACAUAUAAAUAAGUCACAGAGAUGAAAGGUACAGCAUAAAGAAUAUAGUCAAUAUACUGUAAUAACAUUAUAUGAUGACAGACGGUGACUACACUCAUGAUGGUUUCAAAAUAUUAUAAAUAACCAUGCCUGAAAAUAAGACAAUUUCCUGUUCUCACAUUGGAGGUGAUCAAGCCAAGAAAAAUAAUGCCACAUCACAAGCUUUGGUUCUAUUUGGUGCCCCUAAGGAGGACAUUGAGAUUUUUCAUGAAAAUAAAAUGACAAAUACUGAAGGGGUGAAUAAAGGAAUUUACUUUAGCUACCCAAGUCGACGUCAAAGCUGUACUUUAGUAAACAUCCCAGCACCAUGUGUCAACAAAAUGAUUUCACACAUUGAAGAUUUGGAAUCUAAAAUACAAGAACAUUUGAAAUGGUUUGAAACUUCUUUUGAAGAAUGGAGCAGAACUUCUACACAAGACCAGAAGCAAGAUUGGAGUGUUGCUACACCAGUGAAAGAGGUUAAACCAGAAGAGAGAGAUGAAAAGUGUCCAGAAUUAAAGCAGGAAAUGGAAACAUUGCUAUCAGAGGCCAUUCAUCUCAUUAAAAGUCUAGAAACUGACCGUGCAGAAGCUGAAGAAGCUUUAAAGCAACAAAAAUCAAGAAAGAAAAAUAUUCACAUGAAAAUUGAUUCUUGGUCAAUCUGGAGACUUGAAGAAAUCCCACUAGCUGUGCAAAAAGAACACGAGGCUUAUUUGAGAGAUAUUAUAGAAUUACGAUGGCAUCUUGAAGAUAAAGCUUAUCAACUAAAACAUUUUGAGGAACAAAAGACAAAAUUAGAAGAAGCUAAUGCAAAACUUCAAGCAGACAUAGACUACAUGAAUAAACAUGGUCCUCUAAUUAACUCAAAGCACAACAAAGAACUUGAAACUCUCAAAGAAUUUUAUACGAAAAAAUUUGAGGUAAUGGAACUAUACAAACAAGUUCAUGGAGAACUUGAAGAAGCUUUAGGAAAUGUUGAAAAUGCCAAACUGAGUGCUGAAAAAAUUAGACAAGACAUGGAAAAAGACAUUCAUGGUCAUGAAACAAGCCUAGAAGCCUACAAGAGAGAGAAAGAGAAACUUACUGCUCUACGUAGUCACUACUCUACAGCAAUAGAAAAUGUUAAUGUUAGUAUUGAAGAGAAUGAAGAAGCAGUGACUGAAGCAUUGAAGGAAACAAAGACAUCAAAAGAUGAAUUAUCUGCUUUAUCAAAAACGCUAGAUGAUUUGAAAAAAAUUUAUGAUCAACUUGCUUGGAAGAGAAAAAGUUAUGAAAAGGAGUAUCUGGAUGUACUUAAUAAUUAUUAUGCCUCAAAAACAUCAUGGGAUAUUGAGCUUUCUAAUGUUACAAAAGACUUUUCAGAUAUCUCAAUUGCAAAUGCUCAGUUGAUAGAAGAAAACAGAAGACUUGGAAUUGAUAUUGAAACUAUAGCAGGUUUAAUCAAUGACAGAGAACCAGAGGAGAGAAAAAGAAAAUCUGAAGCUAAUGAGAAGACUCCUCUAAAAGAAAGGAAGACAGAUAUAAGGAAAAAAUCAGAAUUGGAGUCUGAAAUCCAAUCUUUGAUGAAACUAAGGUCAAAAAAUGAUGAAUUUCUUAAACAGUUAUACAAGGAAGCUUAUCAGCUUGGUGCUGUUUUCCACCUAACCAAAUUUAAAACAGAAGAAUUAGAAGAGAAAAUAGCAGAAGUGAGAAGAAAAUUCAAGGGUAGAGAAGAAUUCUUGAAAAGACUCACCCGAGGUGAAGUGGCUAAUGGAAUGAUGAUUCAGAAAAAACUGUAUUCUAUUCAAGAAGAACAAAUACUUGAGAGGAGGGAGCUUUUGGAAAAGAGAGCAACGUAUGCUCUAGCACUGGCAGAGCUAGAGACACCUCUGCUUAAACUAGAAGAAGAUGCUGUAAGAAUCAGAACUACUCACAAAGAACAUUCUGAUAUGUUAAAUGAUAUAACUGAGAGGAGAGACUAUGUUAAAAGAAAUGUGGAAAGAACAAAGAAAAAAUUGCGAAGAAAGGGGAAGAAAACACGUGAUGCAAUAACAGAAACUGGGGAAAAACGCUCAAUAAUUUUCAAAGAAAUAGAGACCACUAAAAGUAAAACAAUGAUUUAUCAUGCAAAAAUAGUUCAAUUGAAUAAGAACUUAAAAGAAAAAGAGAAAGAAAAGGAUAUUUUUGCUCAGACACUUGAGAGUUUAAAGAACCAAUUUGUAACUAUGAGAUACAAAAAGGAACAUGCUCAAGCUGUGUUUGAUCAUCUUGUAAGUGAGAAAAAAAUCUAUGAAGAGAGACUUUAUGAGGAAGAACAGAGGUAUCGAACACUCAUUACCAUGAGGCAAAAAACUCUGGCAGAUAUUAAAAAAAUACAAGAUGAUU